ACACCAGUCAGUUUGUACUCAGAUACAGAGGAUCCUGACUUUACACCUGGAACAGUGAUCAUCCUAAGAAUGACUCCAACUUAACUUGUAAGAACAGGCCUAGACUCGUUUGCAGCGUGGCAUUUUACAGCUGACUGACUUCCUAUUUUUGUGCUUCCGUCGAACACAAAACAUUUGUUUUCACCAGUGGGUGACGGCAAUGGUGUCAAGAGGUGUGGUUUAUGAAGAUGAACCCAAAUGCAGACAGGAGGGCAGGAACUGCCCGGUGAUUUACAAAAUGUUCAUGAAAAAAAAGGAAAAACCCACUGCAUGGCACAAGGAGAAUGAGACAUGGAUCAUGGGUAAAAAACAAUAGAGCAAAGAAGAAGAACCGGGCAUGGAAACUGAUCUGUAAAAGAACAGAGCAAAGAGAAUGAUCAAAAUAGAGACAAAAGAAAAUCAAAACCCAAACAACUCGAGAUCGUGACAAAGAGGUCAUGAUUCCUACAUUAUCCACGAUCACAUUUACAUUUUUCCGCAUUUAUUUAGUAAUUUUUACAAGUAGUAAGAGGCAAAACAGCUAUAUUUGAAGUGAUUUGUAUGUGUUUAUACAGAAUUUUAAUAUUGAAAACUACUUUAAGACCUAGUUGGAAAUAAUCUGAUCUGUGUACGUUGUACUUUUUUUGGCUGUUAUCGCGAUGCCACCGGGGUAUAAUUUAUAUAUUUCAUCUUAACUUAAAAAAAAACAAACUAUUAUUUUAUUUAAGCUGAGUAAAAAGUGAAAUCAGUGUUGGCCUGCGACCACACUUUAAGAAUGGUACAAAUUUGGUCUGCCAACACAGGCAGUUGAUGCUGAAAAAAAUGUUUUUGCUAUUUUCUUUGGGUGAAAAUCUGACUGUGGUGAUUGCCCUCCUUGGUGAAAUUCUUUAAGUGGUGCAAACAAGAAAAAAAAAACAAAAUACUAGUAUUUUAUAAACCACACUUUUUACUUUUAUUUUAAUUUCAUGUAAGGUUUCUUGUUCUUUUACAUUUUUACGUUCGGCAUUUUGGUCAGUGCUUGCUGUUUUCAACAGUGCUUUACCUACAAAGCUUACUUGGCUUGGUAAAAAGGUGCCACAAACAUCCAGUGAGUUAUUUGAAAGAAGACUUGCUUACACCCAUUCAUUAAACUUGGCUAAAUAAAGUGUGUUUUUGAAGAAAGUGUGACCCAUAUCCCAUUGUUGUUGCUGAGUGUAAUGAAGGUCUACUUUACUAUUAUUGAGACACAUUUAAAUGUCAAUUUGUUUGCAUUAAAUGAAAUAAUACUGAAGCAUUUUUAUUGCUGUUGUUUGUAGUUGUGCUCUGGCAGCUUCUUCUUGGCUAUCGCUGUAGAAGGCCAGUCCUGUAAACAAACAAAUGGAUAACAAGUAGUGGUGUGUCCUUCUGUGUCGAGGCUUCGAAGCAUGAGUUCAGUAAUCCAGGGAGAUUUUUAUGAAGCUUGUAUCGAGGCUUGUGUUCAUGUAAGUGGUGACGUUCGAGUUCAAUUCCCCUGUCACAUUUUGUUGUCUUGGGAUUGUAUUGUGGGUGCCUAGCAAUCUAUUUGAGUGUUUGUUUUUUUGCUUUGGAAUCAGCAAGAAAGAGGAGAGUAUUGGAACUGACAGAAGGAUGUUUAUCCAAAUGUAUAUAUUAACCAUAGCUUUUCUGCCUCCCUUGCUUCAUCUGUGUCCUGUGAAAGCGUGAUUUCUAAAUCAUUUUGAAUACAUGUUCCCUGGUGGUCUAGGGGUUAAGGUUCGGCGCUUUGCCCUCGGAAUACAGCAUUCCAAAUCUAUUUUGAAAAAGAAAUUAUUAAUCUCAAUGAGGCUUUAUCUGAUUAAUUAAAAGGUCAUUAUUAUAAGCAGGUUACAAAGUACGACCAGCAAAUUCACGUCAAAACCUUCUCCCCUAUCUCUCUACACGGUACCCUUUGAUCCAGGCAUUGUAUUGCAAAUAGAGACUAAGAUUAUAUUGAGACCAUAUUCAGAAUUUAUUUAUUGGCAUCACAAACACCGUUGUUCUUUUUAUUGUGAUGGCCCCCUCCUGUCUACUAGGUAUCUCUGUCUCAUUUUCAAUCAGGAAGCAGUUGGAUGGCUUGGCUGCCUAAUUGAAUACACUGGGCUGGCUUUCAGCCAGUUACGACCCUGCUUGGUUUGGCUUCCAGAUUAGACCUGGUUGCAGCGGGCAGCAGUGCUUGUGCACUCAUUCCUCAGACUGGCUGUUGUUGAUCCUCACAUAGUUUUUUUUCUUAAUAAAUUAUUUUUCUCAUCGAUCUGCUCUUCUGUUUCCCAUUUUUGUCAUAGCCUGUGAGCCGGGCGUGACAUUAUUUAAUUUGAAGCUUCACAGCCCUGUCAUUUUGAUCACUCUGCCUGUUUUACAUUUAUUGUCCACUCGAUGGCAUAGUAGAGCAAAUAAAGCAUCAUGGCGCUUCGGCUUAUUAGUCGAAAGCUUCAGCUCUUCACGAGACAUCAUCUCGCUAUCACUAAUAACAAGUACUACUUUAAUCUUGGAAAUGAGUUGUUUAAGACUGAUGUUUUAAAGUGUAUUGUAGUAGUUGUUGUACAGGUGACUUACCUGUCUCUUCCUCUGCAGGGUGUUCAGGCUGAAAGAUAUCCCCCAGGGUCCUGAUCACCUUUUAAAGGUUCUUGAAGAGAACAUUUAUGGAUUGAGAAGCGGGGAAAGUAAACUUUGCACUUUAGGAUUUAGCAUCAUAGAUUUAAAUCUGGAAAUGGAAAAGUGUUUUUAGAUAUUUUAGUGAAAGAUAAUGUUUUUUUGAAGGUUUUGACAUUUUAGCCAUUUUGUAGAUAUUUGUUAGUGUAAAUAUGUUGUGUUUACUCUGUUUAUAAUUAGGUCUUGGAGAAUGUAGUGGGCUAUAAAAGGCAGCCAGUUAAGAUCAUUGUAAGCUGCUGCUGAGAUCUUGUGUGACCUACUAAACAGGACUCUCUUCCUGUUUGUGUACCUGCUCAAUGUGAGUGAAUAAAUACUUGGUUGGUCUGCACCUCAUCUUUACCUCAAACCUGCUGCUUAAUCCAGCUGCUAAAGGCCAUUCUAACACCGAGAAUAGAAUAAAAGAAAUUCUAGAAAACAAUCAAUCCAAAAACCCUAUUUUCAACUAAAUCAGACUUUUGUUUGUUUCAUUCAAAUAAAAAAAAUAACAAAAAAUGCUCUGCGUUUUCAUAAAAAAAAAUAAAAAAAAUUUGUGGCCGACAAUUACUUUUGACCUAAUGAUUCUGGCCCACAAAACAAAGAGUUUUGUCAGUGGCAAUAAGUCAACACAUAUUAUGUCCUGAGGAGCUGUAGCAGGAACCAAACACAGACAAGAAGAUGGCAAACUCAUGAAGGGUGAUUUAUUUAUUUUUGCGGUACUAGUGGCCUUUAUUUUUGUUAUUUUCCCAAAGUAGGUAGACAGGAAGAGGGGUGGAGAGAGGGGGAAGACAUGCAGCAGAGGUUUCUGGGGUCAGGACUGCAUUGAGGACUAAGGCCUCUGUAUCUGCGCCGCGCACUCUACCACAAUGCCACACACCCCGCCCCACGAAGGGUGAUUUAUCAGGAAGAAAAGGCUGGAGACACAAAGGUAAAACAAUGGAGGAAAUAGGAGAUAAAGGCUGACAGACAGAAUACACCGAGAACCACAGAAGCAUAGACACAGAAACUUGUAAGGCACGCAACCCAGAAACACAACCGAUCAGGAUUCCAAAGAAAAGGCAACAAAGAAACACGGAAACAGGAGUUACAGAAAAACAUAAAGUAGAACAUCAAGGAAAGAUAAAUAAAACAGAAAUUUGCCUCAACAGAGAAUAACUUCAACUAAAGAUUGCAACCCAGAGCAAGUGACAAAUAAAAAUAAAAAAUAAAAACACAAAACCACAGAUCAAAAGAUCAUUACAAAUUUGUGUAAAUAGAAAGGAAAAUAAUACAUGGUUUGCAAAAUGUUUUACAAAUAGAAAUCUGAAAUGUGUGGUUGGCAUUUGUAUUAAACCCCCUCCCUCUCUUGAUUUAAAACUUUGUAGAACCACCUUUUGCUAUAUUUACAGUUGAUAUAAUGGGGUAUAAAUGUAUCAGCUUUGCAUAUCUGGACACAAAAUUGUUUGCCCAUUCUCCUGUCUGGCAGUGUAGCUCUCAGAAUUGUUGUCUGAGUGCCAAAACUAAGCUCAACAGAUGUGACAAGUGGAGCAUUACAGCUUUCGCAAUAUUGUUCCUCUUGAUAUAUAUGUAAAAAAACUAUUGCUUUGGGAUUAUUUCAAAUGCAAAAGACAUGGAAAUGAAAAGGAAAAAAGAAUAAAGACAUGGACAGAGGUGGGGCAAAAAGUUAAAAGCGAGAGAAGAUAAGAAUAGAGGAGAGAAAAGAAGGAUGAAGAGAAUACAUGAUAACAGCAUAGAAGUCUGCUUCUACACCUGCAGAAAGAGAGAGAGAACGCAGGAAAAAACACAAAACACCGGGACAAAUGUUAAACGCAUAUUUAACAAUAACAAAUUACUGAAAAGUACACGGUACUAAAUAAUACAAGGUGUAUUUAGUAGCAACCACACAUCAAUAUAGAGUAUUUCUGUGUAUCUGCAAACACCUGAAUCCAAACAUCUGUAGGUGUAUGUGUGAGCACACUUGUGUAUAUAAGGUCUCUCCAUAAGAAUAUUCAAUAGCAGGCAUGAGGAGCCACAGACCUGCCCCCAAGGACCCCAGAGAGAGAUUUUAGCCACAGAGAUCCAAAGGUCCCCCAGAGCCCAGGAACCCAGGGACAACCUCCCCAACCACCCCAGAGAAUAGAAGAUUACAGCCCCGGAGUAACCACCUAGCAGCCACAGUGCAGAAGCCACAGGGAGCUGCAGCGAAGAGCCCACAGGCACUGUCGGCAGCCGGCUAUGCUGGAGCAGAUCCAGCAAAGGACCUAGAUCUGACUCCCAAGGGCACACAACCCCCCAAGCAGAGGCUCGACAGAGCCAGGGGACCCAUGCCCUGCCUAGCAGCCACCAGGAGUGAGCCGGCACACACCUGAGCACCCAUCCCCAGACACCGAGAACCUACAUGUCAAAGAUGUCAAGAACUUUGCAUUUCAAAACAUGUCACAUAUUCUCAAUUGGAUCUUGGUCUGGACUUUGACUACACCAUUUCAUCACAUCACUAUGCUUUGAUCUAAACACAAGCUCUGACAUUAUGGUUAGGGCCUUUGGUAUAUUGGAAGGUGAACUUCCACCCCAGUCUCAAGUCUCUUGGCUGCUUCUCUCAAUGGUCUUUCUAAUUCCCAUUAAGCAUGUUCAGACACCAGUGGUUUCCGCAAACAAAUUUAUUAAAAAUCAACAUGUAAAAACUGAAGAAAACACAUAGACAAAACAACAAUUAUCUCUUAAGAAAAAUUAAACACAAAACUCAAUAUUAAACGCUUGUACAUGUAUUAGAAAACAAACUAAAGAUAUAAGACAUAAACAUACCUCGUUGGAUGUGUGCUACCAAAGGAAUUAGGCUUGUUUCUUCAUUUCAGAUUCCUGUUGUCUUUAACUAUAAUCCCUUCGUACUUGAUGCUAAUCUUUCAGCAUUGCAUCUGUCUGACUUCUUCUGGUUGCUUUUCGCAUACUUGAAUUCAACGCCAUCUGAAGGAGGUGUGUAAUACUUUAUGUAAUAAAACAAAGCACAAGCCAAAUGAACAUGAAGCAUAAAAUAAAAUGCGUGGCCCAGCAAAAAGCAUAGUCAUGCCUGAGUAGUUUUACAUUAGCUUAACUAUCAUGCACUCCUUUGUGUUAGUCUCUCAAAUGAAAUCCAAGUAAAUACAUUGAGGUUUGUGGUUGUGGCAUGGCACAAAGUGAAAUAGUUGGUAUGGAUACUUUAUGUAACAUUCUGUAGUUUAUGGUUUACUCAGUGGCUUAAACUGUAAAAAUCUGCCCUUUAGGCAUGGCCACAUCCAGCGAUUUCCUGUCUGAGAAUCAGUUCUGCUGCUCCAUUUGUCUGGACAUCUUCACUGAGCCUGUUUCUACUCCAUGUGGACACACCUUCUGCAAGACCUGUCUGGCUAGGCACUGGUCCGGGAAGCAAGAAUGUCAUUGUCCUUUGUGCAAAAAGAAGUUCAGCAAAGACCUCAAAUUAUCCGUCAACACCACUUUCAGGGAGGUUGUGGAGAAUUUUAAGAAACAUCACGUGACAGCUGACGCUACAUCCUCAGUGAAACCUGGGGAGGUGUCAUGUGACAUUUGCCCAGCGAACAAGCUCAAAGCUUCAAAAACCUGCUUGGUGUGCUUAGCUUCUUUUUGUGACAAACAUUUGGAGUCUCACCUGAGAGUGGCUGCCUUGCAAAGACACAAACUGUCAAAUCCUGUUUCCAACCUGGAGGAGAGAAUUUGCAGGGAACACAACCGGAUUUUUGAGUUUCUCUGUUUGAAUGAUAACAUUCAUUUUUGUGCCCUGUGCACAGAACAUACUGGUCAUGACACAAUUAAUUUGAAUGAAACACAUGUACACCUACCUCACAUCAAGAGGAGGAAUGGGAAUGUACAGAAAACUAAUAAAAAGAAUGAAAGGGUACAGAGUAAAAAGAAGGCUAAAGGUGAAAGAGCAGAGAAUGUGAAUACUCAUCAAACGACAGCCCCACAUCAUUUGAAUGGAUAUAACUGCAUGUUUGAUCAUCUCGGUAUCAUCACAGGAAAAGCUAUUUAUGAGUUUCAAGUCCACAGAAGUGUUGGUUGUGAUUUAGCAGCAGUUAGAGCGUCAACUUUAGGAACAAUGACUUUCCCAUCGAACUGGGAUGGAUGCUGCAUUUUGAGAUUUACGCUUAGGAGGAACACUAAGAAAAUACUCCUGCUUGUAGAUUAUGAUAAUGGCCUUGUACUUUUCCUUGAUCCAGAUAAUGACAUCUGGAUGUAUCAACUUACAGGCCGUCCUUUCAAUGAGCCAAUUUUACUGUGCUUCAUCCCCAGCCAACAUAAACUUUUAAGCUGGGUGCAGAGCUUAAAAAGAAGAAUUCAGAAGAUACCAGGUCAUGUAGAUCCUUUCUGCUUUUGGCUUGGUUUUUUUGUGAUUCUUUACAUCUUAGGUUUGCUUUUAAGCUUGCCAAGUUAAACCAACUUUAGAUGGGGAUUUCCUGAGACUAGACAUAAACAAGCUAUAUAUGCAGUAUGUCAUCAGAUCAAUAACCUGAGUCAUACAUUUUGAAAUACUUAUAUCAUUUAAGGUUUGCAUUUAAUAAAUUUUUUUCUUUUUCAUGUAUUUUAUUUCUGUUCAUUUUUGAGUACCUGUGUAUGUUAAAGAAGUAAUCUACAGUAUAUACACAGUUGAAGUAAAAUACAAAUCCCUCUUUUUAUGGGGUUUUAUGGGAGUGGUAUGUACUAUUGUACUGUAUACAUAAAAUUCUGUUGGUUAAAAAACAUCGGUCUUGAAAGUUUGUGCAUUGUGUAACAAGAUUAUAUGGCUUUUAAUAUAGUAAAUAUGUGCAAUGUAUUAUGUUUCUGGGACUUUGCAUUGCUGCUUAUAAUGGUGAAUGACAUGCAUGCUCAGUAUGAGGGAUUCCUGCAAAGUCAACGCCAGUCACUGUCCACUGUCUCUACAUGCUCAUCCGGGAGGAGGGAAUGCUGCAAGUCACUGACUGGAUGCAAUCUGCUGGGUUUCCUUAGACAGAAAAACUUUUUAUCCCAUUUGAAUAAAAAGCUAACUCCGACUGCACUGUUCAAUUGUAAGGAUUAAUUGGAGUGUAUGGACCUGACUGUUGUGAAGUGCCUUGAGACAACAUGUGUUGUGAAUUGGCGCUAUAUAAAUAAAACUGAAUUGAAUUGAA